AAAAGCAAUUUUUUCCUCAGUCGUAUUUCAGCAGUGGAGGACGUAUCAUCUCCUGCAUUCCUUGUUCCAAAUUCAAAUUUCAUUUGAUAGUGUGAAGUGUUAUUCUGUGACUGUGUUUUUAUGCCAACCAUUACGGAUAUAUCUGGGAGUAACGUAUACAUAACAUCGAUGGCGUCAGACCAGGACUCCUGUUCUGAUGAGGAGCCUGAUAGUGAAAUGCUGAGCGAUGAUCUCUGCCUGCCGGACAGUGAUGAUGACAGGCAACCAACGAGGAGCAUUCAGGGUAACGCAGAAGAUAUACCAACUUUGAACGCCUGUCUCCUACGUCCACCACGGAAGCUGUUUACCAACUGUCGAGAACGUUGGAGGCAACAGAAUGUCAGUGGAGCAUUUGCUGAACUGAGAAGACUAGUCCCAACUCACCCGCCCGACAAGAAACUAUCUAAGAACGAAAUCCUGAGGAUGGCGAUAAGGUACAUAGGUCUCCUAUGCGAAGUUUUAGAAUGGCAGAAGAAUCAUGGACAUUCUAUGAACAAAGAGAACACAGCGAAUCUCGCUAUUAAAUGCGAAUCGCCUCUUAGCCCACACUCUAGACGUAUCCGUCUCAAAAGGCCAUAUUUCAAUGAAGAGGACUGUCCAAAACCAAAGAUAUACCACGACAAUUCUGAUUACCAAAAAUAUGGUAAUGAGGAAAACGAAGACUCUUUAAUACGAAGGAGUUACCAGAGGAACGUUGGUAGCCGUGAAUUCUUCUUUGGGAAAGACCAUCUGAAGAUUCUACGUAACCAAUACCACUUCCCUUCAAGGUGGCGACAAAAUAUACCAUUCAGAAAUUUGGCAGACCGGAAUGGCAAUAAUUUACUUAUGAUAGCACCAGCUCAGAACGGCAGAGACAGUGAAAGUAAGAAUCAAAAUGGCAGUUGCAAAGAGAAGAUUGAUGGUAAAGAUAAUAGUAAAUAGAAUUAGAAGAGAGUUAUCUUAGAACUACAGUAUAAAGAAGAAUCUGUAGUCGCAAUGCUUUUGGCAUGUCCCAGACGAUUAUGUGACAAUUCGGGAUGGAUUGCUGUACAGAUGUGUCCAUUGGACGACUGUUGGGAGAAGUGCAUUAGAUUAUGUUAGAAUCUAUAAUAAAACACUUUUUGUUAGUAAAUUCAUUACUUGAGAUCUUUUUUUUAACUAUUUAUCAUGUUAGUAAUCGAUUAAUUUCGAUUAAAGAAAAAAAAUGGAAUUUCGACAAAAAACUCAGUUUUCCUAGUAUACAAGAGAGAGAAGGAGAGAGAAAAAAAAACAGAAGUUGGAUUAGUUGGUUGUAGAUAAUAUUUUUUAGCAUUUACUCUGUAUUUUUGUGUAUCUUUUGUAUUCAGUGAUUUUGUAAAUAAAUAAGUUUUUAAAUAUUAUAAAUUAUAUUAUAUGAUCGUAAUUGUUAAGCUAGAAAUAUUAAUAUUUAAUGAUACACAUAAUCUCAUACACCAGAAGCCAUUAAGUUCAUAGGUACAUCUUGUAAAAUUAGGAAUAUAUUAAUGCAUCGAAAAGUGUCGCGCAAAAGGUACUAGAAGUCAUAGAGUUCAUACAUUUAAUAAAAUCAGAAAUGCAUUAGUGUAUUACGACAUAUCAAAAAUUAUCUAAAUCAUACAUUUGAGUAGUUUGAAAAUAUACUGGUGUGCUAUGACGCACCAGAAAUAAUUGGAUUUUUAAAUAUAUAUAAAAUAUAUAUACAUUAAGUAAACGUAGUUUUACGUAUUGUAGCAUAUCCUAAGAAGCCACGAAGUUCAUACAUAUGAUAAAGCUGGCUACAGACUAGCGUAUUGUGGUAUGUUGUAAUAUACCAGAAGUGAUCGGGUUCAUAUAUAUGGUAAUGAUGAAAAUAUUUCUUUAUUUAUUUAUAUAUAUAAUAAAAAUAUAUUUCUGUCAUUUUAAGUAUAGUUAUAUAUACAAUUUAUUGUCAAAAGUUUUGUAAAUAUACAUUAUAUUUUAAUCUAAUAACUGCUUGUUUAACUUAUGUGUUAUUUGAUCGAGAAAGCUCGACUAGUUUCGGUAUUAUUUGGGACCCAAGCUGUAGGCGUUCGCGGCACCUAUAGUUCGCGCUCAACGAGCCAAGACGCGUAUUCAGGUUUGUGCGCGUGUCACAGCUACUCAAGACUAAGGGUCCCGAAUGUAGUCAAGCUUUCUCGACCGAAUUACACGUAAAUUAAACCAGUAGUUAUUAUAUUAAAAUAGCUACAAAUCGAUACCUUCUUUUUUGUAUUAUUUGUUUUUAUGGAAAAUAUAUUAAAUAUACUUAGACAAAACUAAAA